AUCGCCGAUAUACAAAUAUCGAUAUAUUGAUAUUUUGAUAUGUUACCACUAGAAAUAACAAAAAUUGCCAAAUAAUUCGAAUUAAGAUUAAUACAUAGCAACCAAGAUGAGCGGUGCGGAAAAGGCCUUUGAACUACAGCGCCAGGUGCGCAGAAAUGCUACGGACUACGCAAAUUCCGUGAAGGACCUCUACUCGUGGGAGCAGGACAUCAAGAAGAAGGAGAAAGAGCUGAAGAACGCGCCAGCCGCUGCCGCCAAUAUUAAACUUCCGGUGCGCAGCCAUGUGGAGAAGCCAGGAAAGGCGGAGAAAGAGAGCCCAAGCAGCUCGGCGGCCAGUACACCGACCGAGAAACAAGAUCUGCCAGUGGAUCCUGUGGCCCAGCAGCACAAGAAGGCCAAUGACAUAAAAGACCGUGGCAACAGCUAUGUGAAGCAGGCGGAUUACGACCGCGCCAUUGAAGCCUAUUCCGAGGCCAUCAAUGUGUAUCCCCACGAUCCUAUCUAUUAUAUCAAUAGAGCCUUAUGUUACAUCAAACAGGAAAAGUUUCAUGACUGUGUGGAGGACUGUGAGGCCGCCAUAAGUCUGGACAAGCUGUGCGUCAAGGCCUACUACCGGCGAAUGCAGGCCAACGAGUCCCUCGGCAACAAUAUGGAAGCUCUCAAGGAUUGCACAACCGUACUGGCCAUUGAGCCCAAAAACCUUGAGGCCAAAACGAGCUUAGCCCGUAUCAACGAACGUUUGCGCAAAAUAGCCACUAAAAGUGGCCCAAAUUUUACCCCCGAUCGUCCUGAUCUGGUGGAAAUCCAGCCAUUCGAUAAACCUGUUUAUAAGCGAUCCAAGCGGCCUAUGCGCAGGGUGCCGAUUGUAGAUAUUGUAUCACCACGUGCCACCAGCGAUGAGAGCAAAAGCUUGCGCAUUUCCGAUGAGGACAUUGACAAAAUCUUUAACAGCAAUUGUGGUGUGUUCGAGGAGGUCAAGAAGUCUGAUCUCAAACAGAAAGAAACUAAUAAAAGUCCACCGAAGGUGGCUCCAGUUGUUGAGACUGCCAAGGAAGAAAAAAAGGAGACAAAACCUAAUCAUCCAAAAGAAAAGACAGUUGUAGAGACUCUCAAACCGCAGCCUUCCUCUUCAGCACCAAAGAUAAUAGAAAGUGUCGUUUCUGAAACAAAAAUUGCGAAGAAAAUCGAACCAAAGCAACAGGAUACUGCGAAAACUUCAAAGGGGCCGGAGGUCAAGCCAGUAGAGCGAGAUCUGCCGCCACCUCCUACGGGCACAGCUCAGUUUCACGUUACCUGGAAGGAGCUAACUCCACAACAGAAAUAUCAGUAUCUAAAAUCAAUUGAAAUACCAAGCCUGUGCCGUAUCCUGGGAGCUGGCUUUGACUCAGAAACGUUUACGGAUCUGCUGCGCACUCUUCAGGACUUUUAUGUCCCCAAUAAGGAGCCCACAACAGCAGCGGUCCUGCUGGAGAUCAGUAGAAACGACGAGUUUACCAUUCUGGCAAUGCUCAUGUCAGCUGAGGAAAAGAAAAUGGUAACGUCUAUCUUGAAUGCAAUCAAGAACUGGCCUAACAACAAUCCGACGGUGCUGGAGAAGCUCUCAAAGGCAUACAGCGCUGUCUAAAAACAUGCGUGGUUUAUUUUUCAAUGUACUUACAUUGCUUCAAAUUGUUAGCUCAAGAAAUCCUAUCCUAAAAAACAUUAAAGAAUGUGCAGAAACGUUGCCUAAUAUGUUACAGAA